UAUGUGUGUACGACGGACGGGUAGAUGCACGAGCAAACGCCGAUUGGGAAGAGCCUAACGUUACCUUUGUAUUCUAUUGUUCUUCAUCCAGACACCACUGCUAUUGCUACCAGCGUCAACGGUUGAGAGAACGGCCAUGUUGCAAGCGGCAUCACCACGCAAGUGAACUUGUUCCCCUUCAGAGAUGCGUGGCUGGCCGUUCCCCCACACAAGCCUGACCGCAAAUCAGAAAUUCUGUCUCAAAAGCAUCACGACAAGCCAGUGCCAACCAAUCGCGGCCAUGGCAUGUCUCCCUGAAAUGGACGCUUAUUCGCUGCGGACAAUCCAGGUGGAGGUGAUCCGGUGGGAUGCUUGGCACUACCUGCAGGCUUCGGUGCCGAAGCAGUGUGCCAUCGUAUCACAUCCCUUCUUGGGAUGUGGGCAAAGAAAGUCAUCCUUUCCGGAACGGGAUGCCGCGGUGCGCCAUCGGCAAAGAGAUUUUCAAUGGGGAAUGAAAGACUGAAACGACGAUGGCUGGACUGCGGUUGACCGCAUACGUGUGCGUUUGUCGAGAGUCCGAUGUUUUAAAAUGCCAUCCCGUCCCCUCCCCGCGUCAAACUGGACGCUGUCAUAC